GGGGGUGGGCGGGAACUGCAGUGGCGAAGGCGGCUGGGGGCCGUGAGAGCGGCGUGGGGCUGCCCCUCCCCGGAGGCGGCGGGGGCGGCCAGGGCCGCACCGCACCGCGCGGGCCGCCAUGGAGUUAGCCUGAGGCCGGACAGGAGUUGUGGAGGAAGUUUAGUGAAGAAAUGGAACGUGGAAUCUCCUUGCUAACUGUCACCACCUGCUCUCCUUGAUAAGCAAGCAAGAGAUUGGGCUGGGGGAAGAAAAAGAAGUCAACAUGAAGCUAAAGCAGCGAGUUGUGCUGUUAGCAAUACUCCUUGUCAUCUUUAUCUUCACCAAAGUUUUCCUGAUUGAUAACUUAGAUACAUCAGCUGCCAACCGGGAGGAUCAGAGGGCUUUUCACCGAAUGAUGACUGGCUUGCGAGUAGAGCUGGCACCCAAGCUGGACCACACCUUGCAGUCUCCCUGGGAGAUUGCAGCUCAGUGGGUGGUGCCCCGGGAAGUGUACCCUGAAGAGACCCCAGAACUGGGGGCGAUCAUGCAUGCCAUGGCCACCAAGAAAAUCAUUAAAGCUGAUGUGGGUUAUAAAGGGACACAGCUGAAAGCCUUACUGAUCCUUGAAGGAGGGCAGAAAGUUGUCUUUAAACCUAAGCGGUAUAGUCGUGACUAUGUGGUGGAAGGGGAGCCAUAUGCAGGUUACGACAGACACAAUGCAGAGGUAGCAGCCUUUCACUUGGACAGGGUUCUGGGUUUCCGCCGUGCUCCUUUGGUGGUUGGCAGAUUUGUUAAUCUGCGGACAGAGAUCAAGCCUGUUGCCACGGAGCAGCUGCUGAGCACCUUCCUAACUGUAGGAAACAAUACUUGUUUCUAUGGGAAGUGCUAUUACUGCCGAGAAACAGAGCCAGCAUGUGCCGACGGAGACACGAUGGAAGGAUCUGUCACACUUUGGCUUCCAGAUGUUUGGCCUCUUCAGAAACACCGACACCCGUGGGGCAGGACUUACCGAGAAGGCAAACUGGCCAGGUGGGAGUAUGAUGAGAGCUACUGUGAUGCUGUGAAAAAAACAUCUCCAUAUGACUCAGGCCCACGCCUCUUGGACAUCAUUGACACCUCUGUCUUUGAUUACCUGAUUGGCAAUGCUGACCGCCAUCACUAUGAGAGCUUUCAAGAUGAUGAAGGUGCUAGUAUGCUCAUCCUUCUCGAUAAUGCCAAAAGCUUUGGGAACCCUGCGUUGGAUGAGAGAAGCAUUCUUGCCCCUCUCUAUCAGUGUUGCAUCAUUCGGGUUUCCACUUGGAACAGACUGAACUACCUAAAGAAUGGAGUGCUAAAGUCUGCCUUAAAAUCUGCCAUGGCCCAUGACCCCAUCUCCCCUGUGCUCUCCGAUCCUCACCUGGACGCUGUGGACCAGCGACUGCUGAAUGUCCUGGCCACCGUGAAGCAGUGCACUGACCAGUUUGGGAUGGACACUGUGCUAGUGGAAGACAGGAUGCCUCUUUCCCACUUGUAAUUCUCAACACAGAAUAAGUGAAACUUAUUUUUACAAAGGUAGAGAAACAGCACAAUCAAUUCCAAAUGGUAUCAGAUGGCUUUGGAAGUUGCCAGCAGCAAAUUUGGGGAGUAGAGGGCAAGGUGGCCUUGGGUAUCUUUGGGAUUUUCUAGAAACUGAGGCAAAGACAUUUUUCAGAGUGAGAUAUUCCUGCAGAUCCACCUUCUGAUUUCCUCAGUAGUAGCCUAUUUCAGCAAUGGGUAUGAGCAUUGGUCAGAUUUAAUUCUCAUGCCAAAGGACAGAGAUGUGGCACUUGAAUAGGUGAAUGCUGCGAUUGCUUCCAGACUGUUUUGAGGUGAACUCUACAGUCUUUUCUCCACACUUGUGGAUUUUGUGGAAACGCUUUACAAUUUAUUGUCUUUUUUUGUAUUUGUUUUUGUUUUUUAACCAGCACUAUUCUAAUUGGAAAGCUUACUGCUACCUAGAAUGGUGGCAAAUAAAACUUUGCAUUC